AUUAAAAUGGAUUGGUGGUUCCAAAUAAUAACCCUUUGGAAAUCACACACGAACCAUAAAUUCUCUAUCAACAAGAUUUAUUUAAUUUAUUAAGCAAUAAAUUAGUUUAUCUUUUAUUUUUUAGUUUUUUCCUCCACCACCUCCAAAGCUACCAACUUUACCUUCCUGUUCUCCAAUUUCUCAUUUUUAUUUGCUUAAAAUCCCUCGGUCCGAUCUAUCGGACCUUUCUAUUUCUGGAAAAUUUCUUCAGUUGUUGUUAAAUUUAGGCUUAAAUUCUGUUCGUUUGCUCCAAUUAAGGGGUCUUUAAUAUUUCUUGAUGAAAUUGAUCAUCCAAUAAAGCUCCCAAUUUGAGGUUCUAGAGCUCAAAUCCUUCAUGGGUGUUCAUUUUCACCUCAAUUUCAUCAAGAAAAAUCUCUCUUUUAGAUGUGUAAUCUGCCUCUUCGUUCCCUUGUUUAUUUGAGUUCUAAUUUCUUAGAUUUUUUUUUGUUGCUAAGUCAUAUACUGAGUUUCUUUAGCUGAAAACAUUUGUGGCUUCUUCACUUUGUUCAUAAUUUCUUCAGAAAAUUCUCACCUUUAUGUAUUGAGCUGUAUUUCUGAAAAUUGUCUCCUUUGAUCUAUACAAAUAUCAAUUUUUACUCUUUUUAUCAGAGUUGUCAGUUCUCUUUUUGUGAACUAUUUGAUUUCAAUCACUUUAAAGUCUAAACUAAUCCUUUCCCUUUCAAAUUCAACUCCUUUUGGAUCAUCAAAUGGCACAAGAAAGCUGUAAUCUUGAUAAAGAUGAAGCUGAAAUUCUCAAGCCUUCUUCUCCUCCUCCUACUCAACCAUCUUCACCAUCAUCAACAGCAGCUCCUUUGUGCUUGAAACCUUCUAAAGAAUUUGAAUUUUCGGCUGAAAAGCCAGACAGGCCUACUACUGAUAUCACUUGCGGAUCAAAGGCUGAGAGAGAAUCUCAGUCUUUGUUUCGAUUUUUUAAUCGAUGUUCUUGUUGCAGGAAAAAAGUGGGUCUCACUGGCUUCAGGUGCCGUUGCGGUGAGCUAUUUUGUUCACGGCACCGAUACUCUGAGACCCAUGAUUGCUCUUUUGAUUACAAGGCUUUGGGAAGGGAGGAGAUCUCUAAGGCUAACCCUUUGAUUAGAGCUGCUAAGAUCAUUAAGAUCUAAGCGUAAGUUUCGGGUGAUUAUGAAAGAUGCAGAGCGUUAGCUUGGAUAUGUCUUUGCCCUUGUGGAGCCACUCAUGAUGGUGACAUUUAUGAAGCCAAAGCUUCAAUGUGAAUAUUUGGUGCAAUCUUAUCUCUUCACAGCAGGCUUUUAUGACCAAGCACAAGGCUCUUAUGUUAGCCUGGGUUGAUGAGAGUUAAAUUGGAUCACUGUCAAUCUUCUGUUCUCUUCUGUGGGUUUUAGUAGUUAUUGUUACUAGUCAUUGAACAUUGUUGAUGAGCUUUGUUGAUGAACUUGUUGUUUCCUUUUUUCUCAUUUAUAUAGUUCAAUUUAUCAGUUUCA